AUGGAAGCUCUAAAAACCAGACAUGGAGCACGACAUACGGCGAAUGUUAAAGCCACGGCAACACCUCCGCCAUCCCCCUCGUCUUCUCAGCCUCGACGCCGUAAAACGCGGCGUUGUGCCCCGGCAGAGAGACCUCCGGUGCCUGCCUGGAUGCUGGAUACUCCGAUGCACAGUAAGAUACCAUUGGUGGGAGCACCACAUGGGAAGAUCAUGUUGUACACGACAGCCUUGUGUGAAAAGUUAUUCACGACUCCGACCAACAUGAAGUUCGAUCCCAGCCCCCAGGGGCUUGACAUGAUGUACCGGAGCCUCCAUGACCCACACCUGAGGGGCUACUACACGCACCCUAAGAUGUACUCGCACCUCAGACAAAAUGGCUUCCUCACCCCCUGCGGAAUGGUGAAAUGUGGUCUGAAACAGUUUAACGAGUACCACCAGUAUGUCAAGCAAAUCCAUCUGGAGAAAUUGACGCAGGAGAGACGGCAAAUGGUAAGAAUUCUUCUUUUUAAAAAGUUGAGUCACUUUGGGAUGUUGCACAAGUUUGUGUCUGUUGCUCUCCAUCGUCAAAUGAUGUCACGAGGUAGAGAAGUGUCCCCGAUGAUUCUUAUCAAACCGCCUCAACAAGAAAAGAAAAACGAAAAGAUCAAAAAUGCAUCGAAAAAGAUAAGUGUUUCCAAGAUUAAGACGAUACGGGAUGGCGUCGUGAAGGCCCAUACGGCUCAGGAGCAGAGACGCAAGGCAGGCAAGAUUGGUACGGGCCAAAGAGAGGAAAAGACCCCGGCCCAUGAGAGGCAAUUUCUUCAGCUGAAGAAACGUCUCGAAGAGGAGGUGGAACGAGAAAGGGAACUUGAACGAAGGAAACUCAUCAAGGCGGCCAAGCGAGAAAUGAAGCUUGAGGAGCAAUGGGAAAGACGAGAGACGGCGCACGAGCUCCAGCAGACCCAAGAGGCCGACCAACGACACGAGGAGGAGACUAAGGGAAAAAAGGUCAAAGUCAUGCGAAGGAGGAUGGCUGAGGCCCACCGAGCAAAGCAACAAGUCGUCUUUGAGAAUAUCAGGGAUGCCAGGGCCAAACUCGUUGCCGAGAGAGAAGCAAUAAUCGCCAGGCGACUCGACAAGAGACUAUCCAAGAUCAGAGAGAAAUACAACCGCCGACACCGGCGACAAAUGGCUAUUUACAGACACACGACCAAAAUAUUGAACGGGAAACUUCAAGAUCACGAAGAACAGCUUGAGACAAGACUAAAUGAGGAGAAGAAGAAGACCGAUGAGGCUGCAAGCGCUUCAACAUCCAGGCUCGUGGGUCUUACAAACUCAACAUCACGUGACUCGAUUUCAUCAAGCGAUGAGAGCUUCGUCUUCACCCCGCUGGUAAAAGAAAAGCCGGUCAUUACCAUAACGGAUCAGGUGCUCUCGGUGACGUCACUGGACUACCGGCAGUCUCCAGAGUGCCGAGCCGAUGAGCAGACGGGACCCGUGUCGAUCAUGCAGGAUGUUUACUUGGCGGAUGAGAGUGGUGAUGAGGAGGAAGAUAAGAUGAAGAUGGAGGAGAGAGACCGGGAGCAUCUUGGGAAGGGUGUGGUUGGAAAGGGCGUGGCAGUAAAGGCGUGGCCGGACAGGGAUCAGGAGGAGGCGGAGAAACGCCAACAUCGGUCUGAGGAAGACAGGGACGAACGCUCCUCUGGUACACGGUCAUCUUCAUCUGGAGGAAGUACUUCAUCUGGCUCCGUCCCCGAGGAGAAACUUCACCAAGACAUUGUUGGAUCUGACACUGACAUGGAAGAACCUGAUGGCGAGAAUGAAAAAGAUGCGGCCGAAGAGGAGUACUCAAUGUCUGAGGACGACUCAUGGACUGAUACCGAGUUCUGGGAAACUGAGUCUGACCUGAAUCUCAAAGAAGGAAGCAAAGUUGCUGAAGAGAACAUGGCAAUCGGUGAGGAAAUUGAACAAGAGGCAGAAAGAGGAAACGAGAAUACUCAGCACGAGCAAUCAGAAGAGAACCAGUUGAGUACGAGAACAAUUACAGUGAAGGUUGAAGAGUUAGAAAGGGAGGUAGACAGCGGUGAGGAAGCAUCGAAAAAACAGUUUCCCGAAGAACACGAUUUAAAGUUGAUGGACUCAACUCUCUGUCCUAAAGAAGAGGACAAAGAGAAGCAAGCUGAAAGUUUAAAAGUUGAGUUUGACAGGGAUGCUUUGAGCAAACCGUUUAACUCGACCGAUCAAUCUGUGGAGCUCGGGAGUUCAAGAGAAACACUACCUGCUGAUGGCAAAGCUCCGGAGGAAAAAGUGGAAAGCCAAGUUGACAUCAAGAUGGAAGGUUCUCGACAGGAAGAGCAUCUUGGGGACAAGGCAGAUCUCGACCUUAAAGAUAAUCAAAGAGAGGAUUCCCCUUCUGGCAUGAAUGAGGAGGAAGCAGAUGAGAACAUGGAGAGUGACAGUAUCCUCCUGGCGAACGUGAUGGGCAUCUUGGAGGAUGUGGAGCAGGAGAUGCAACAUCAUCACCACCACAAUCAUGAGCAUCAUCACCAUGAACAUCACCACGAACAUCACCACGAAGACCAAAAUCACUCCAAAGAACACCUUUCUGAAAUUAAACAACAACUUCCUGAAGUUGAACAAGAUGGCGAUGAGGAGGACAAGAGGCAGACAGAGAGUGAGUGUAGCAGCAGCAGCUGUAGUAGCAGUAGCAGUAGUAGCAGUGAAAGUGAAGAAGAAGGUGGUGACAUUAUUGGAGUAGUUGAGAAUGAGAUCAUUGCCGAGGAGACAAGCGUCACCUCCCUGAAGGGAUGUCUGAGCGGAGCUUUUGCGACAGACCUCCAAGAGGUCGUGAAGGAAAUGGGAAACCACAAGAAGGUCUUUGAAGGAGCUGUCAUGCCGGCAAGGCACCAUUCCGCAACCUCCUCUGCCUCGUCGAAAGUUUCCAUCAACGUUACAGCUGCGGUGUUAUCCGCAGACUCGCUCAAGGCAGACAGCUCAGGAAGGCUCAUCCACCAUGAUGCCGACUCUCACGACCACACAAAAACAGAGAAUAAAAUCUCAGCUACGAACAUACCGACGGAUGAUAAGCUUCCUCCUGACGACAACGAAGCAGCAUCGAAGGAGAGCAGUCAUCAUCACUACAGCACCAUCGUCCCAAUGUACCACAACAACCUCAUCAAUGUGAGUGAGGACCUGAUAGAUUCCAACCUCUCGGCUAUCUCCAUGAAGCCAGAUCGUCACCACAAGGUAGCGUCGUCUUACACCACGGGCAGUCGCAACUCCUUUCGCAACAUCUUUCGUCCCGACAUGACCUUCUGUCAAGGCUCGGCCAAAUGCCUGAAGGACACAUUGGUCCGGGAGCUGUCCAAGCACUCAAAACAUUCCAAGAACUUUUCGGAUAAGAUGGACGACAUCUGCGACAUCUUAGACGCAGAUCAAGAGGAUGUGACCGCUCAUCAUUCACAAGAGGAACUUGUGACGAUUGAUGAGUCGGAGGGAGUGUGUUACUUGCCGAAACGGAGAUUGAAGGCUCGUCACACCAUUGAAGAGCCGGUUUCUGAGCAUGCUGACGAGGAAGUACCAAAUGGUGGACAUACAACUGGUGUUUCCAAUGCAGCAGUUAUUGCAGAAGGAACGCAGGCGGCAAAGUGCCAAGAUGACUCUGAAAAACCGCCCAACUUAAUUGAAAACCGCCAACGGGAUCCGACUUGUGAACAAAGAGUGAAGGCUGAAAGCGAUGUUGAUGGGUAUAGGGAAAGUGUGGUGGCGAUGGAUGCUUCUAUCGAUGAUGCCUCACCAGAUGAUAAGCAGGCUAGACGGGAUGAAACCAAGGUCUUGGAUGAAGGCAUUGCGUCUCAUGAGGCAGAGCCUUUGGCCUUGGACAAUCGAAAAGAAGCCAGUACAUUAGGAAGUGAUGGGAAUGGGUCGCACUCUGCAGAGGGCAACAUUGAGGACAUCUCUGUAUUCGACGACGUGAAGGAUGGAAGCAUUCAAACACCAGAGGGAGUGUUGACCAAUGGCCCCUGUGAAGUAAAAAGUGGCGAACUGGUCAACGCAACAGAACAAGACGACAAUGGACAACAGGCCAGUACAGAGGAUUUGGCCAAAAAUAGUGGACAGACCAAUGAUGAGGAACCGACCAACAGGGACGCAAUGGCAGACAAAAGGGAAACAGCCAGUAAUGGCAGACAGAUUGAUGGUGUGACACCAGCCAACAGUUUACAAAAGACUGAUAGUGGACAACCAGCUGAUAGUGGAGAACUUGAGCAAGAAAGGGAUUUUGAACUGGCAAACAAAAACGAGUCCACAAACACUGGGGAAAGGAUGGCCAUUGAUGAAGAAAACAGUGGGGAGCUGGGCAUUGAAGAACGGCUUGAGCCAGAUUGUAGUCCCGGCUCAUCCCCAGCCUCGGAGUUAAGCUUCAUCUCAUCGUCAUCAAUCAGCGGAGGUGAAGACUUGGUCAGCUCGUCAAACAGCUCCGAAGAAUUUGGAGCACAAAGCCCGCUGCCACAUUGUGUUCCGGAAUCCUAUUACAUUGGCACCUCGGACGAUUCCACCAUAGCAGGUGCAGCUACUCGCUCCGUAUUGGAAGAUGCAGCCCCGGUGGCCGACAUGGAGCAAUCACAUUCCAUUGAUCGAGAGCUCGGUACUCCCCCUCCUCCCCUGAAAGAAGUAUCCUCCCAUCCUUCCCCGAGUCAGUCCAAGUCGGGCUCCAGCCACAAGUCGGGCAGUUUUUUGUCGACAGUCAUCAGGAAGCUCAGCAGCGCGCUGUCUGUCGGUCGUAGACGGUCAAGCCGGGUACACCCUGGUGAUGAGGACACUAGUGUGGAAACCAAGACGGACACCACUGAUGCAGGAGGAGCAACUGAUGAACAGGAUCAGUAGCAAAGUGUGACUGUUGUCGAGGUCAGCCGCACUGGGUUGG